AUGACAAUAGUACAAAGAUUAAAAAUGAAGAAUAUAUUUAGAAGAUCAGUUCAAAUAUUCCAUAAAAAGGAUAAAGAGGAACCUGGUGGAGGAGGUGGUGAACCAUCCAAGGAACAUAGUAAGAAGGAUUCAUCGCGAGGAGGCGAUUCUCCACAUGGAAGCAAAAAGGACAAAAAGUCAAAACGUAAUAGUCGAUCAUACACUGAUUCCGAUGGGAUCAGUCCCAACAACUCGAUCAGCAGCUCGUCGUCCAAGACAACGCCGACUGCGACGAGCAUCACCACGAUGUUUAGUCCGCCGACUUCGCCACCGCUGUCGAGCAGCGAGGGCAUCCCAAUAGGCUACAACAACGGUGCGAGUGGGGACGGACGUCGUGUGUUUGGUGUGGCAUUGGCCGAUGUGCCGUGUCGUGGAGGGUCGCGCGUGCCGAUCAUUGUCGAGAAGUUGGUCGACCAUUUGGAGCGAACGAGUUUGUCGACCGAGGGGUUGUUUAGAAUCCCGGGACGCGAUGUGACGAUUCUCGAGUGCGUGCGAUUACCUGCCCGUGUUUGUGCCGCUGUCGAUCAACCGUCGUGUGACGUCGCUGUUUUUGAGCGACGACGGCAAGAAGAAGCAGGUCGAUAUGGAGGUGCUGGAGAAGAUGCGUCAGCUCGUGCAUCAGCUGCCGCCGUGUCACUUUGA